UGCAAGCCCGACCACCACGUCAAGAUAGCAGCUAUCGGUCAAGACAUUGGGUGGCUAACCUUGAAUUUAGCUUGACUUGAUAUCUAGGUGCAUUCCUAGAUGCGUACAUCAAUCUGUUUCGAGAUGGAGAUCUCUUUCUCCAUAGGCGUUUCUGCUUACCCUAAUCUCUUUUUCUGCAUACUUCUGGGCAUGUGGUUAAAUUGUACCAACUUGUAGUGAUGCACUUCUGUAUACUCUCCCAGGUUGAUUUGUCUGUCUCUAUGUUUGUUUAUCCGAAAGGUCACUGACCAGUGGAAUUUGUAUUCCGUAGCUUUAUGUGGACUAUAUUUUGUUUCCAGCCUGGGCCAACUCGUGAAACAGUCAUCGUUCUUGUGUAGAAGAAAAUCUAGUUGAUUCAUCCAUGAAAAGUUCUUAACAAGAUCAUAUUUUAUCGGGUUUGCUGAUCCCUAGCUUCAGUUAUAUGUUGGAUAAUUUUAGAGCCUCAGACUGUUCGGUAGACUACUUUUACGGAUACUAUAAGAAAAUUCCUCCGAGUUAGAGUAUACACAAUAAAAAUGGUUUAAAGGGAUUAUGUUGAACUCUCACUUUAUGCAAUACUCUAGUCAUCUGAAAUGAUAAUCCUGGGAUAUCAUCAUUUUUUGAUGGUUUUCCAUUAAGACCUAAUUCCCUUCCUAAUCUAAGGUUAUUUCUGAUCUUCUGUUCGUCCUAAAGAGGUAGAGGAUCCAUAUCUAUUUCACUGAUUUCAACUUCGUCAUUUACCUUGAUAUAUUGGUUGCAAUAGAUUUAAAACUCAAAAGCCUGAAGUUAUGUAAGGCUUAACCAAUUUGUAAUCAAUGAAAAAAUCUAUUCGUUCACCAACCAUCAACGACUAACCCUACUAUUGGGUGGAAUAGUCAAUCAAUACUGUCUGGUUGUUGUAGAUGCAUAAAACAUACUAACUGAAAACGUUAGAACCCUAGGUUGUUACCUCAAUGUAGUAUAUUUUUCUACUUGUUCUUUCAUCCAUAAAUACGGAAUACUGAAUCUCUUUGACUAAUUAUAUAGCUUCUAGUACUAAUUAGUUAGUCAGAACUAUUGAUGUUGUAAACUUGAGUUUCUGUUUUAUACAAUUGCACAUGUAUCAAAAUGGCUAAAAAAAAGCGGCUGGAUUGACAAACACUGAUAAGUGCAUGUGGCUAACAACCAUCAUCAUCUAUUGCAAAACUAAUUAUUGAUAAAGGCUGAUCUAUCCGUUAACUGAACCUUCAUCGCUUUUACAUCUGGUUUCAAUCUGGUGGUGUAUCUAAAUGGCUCUUAGUCGACUACAUUUUGUAUUAUUCGUAUGUUUUUUGGGUGCAUUCACUACUGGUUUAGCUUUGGGAUUUUCAUCUGCAACAACACUUCAAAUUUAUUUUAAUACAAUUUGGGCAGCAAUUUUUAGUAGUUGUCUAAAUAUUGGUGCAUUAAUUAGUUGUAUUUCUUCACAAUGGUUAAUUCAUCAUUAUGGAUAUCAUCGUAUUCUAUUAUUUUCUUAUCAUUUAUCUAUUCUUGGUUGGAUUACAUUAUAUUUAUCUUCAUCAACUGUUUAUGAACGAUAUGCACCAACUAUACCAUUUAUAUCAGGACGUUUAUUAACAGGUUUAGGAUGUGGAUUAACACUGGUGACUAAUUCAAUCUAUGCAUAUGAAAUAAUUCCAUGCUCAUUGAAAGUUUCAGUUGUAUCAUUAUUACAGAUUGGUGUAACCUGUGGUAUUGUUGUUGUCUAUGCACUUGCAGUCUAUUUAAAUUGGGAUGUUAUCUCUUUAAUCUGUGCUUUAUUUGUAUUGUUCACCAUGAUUUCAACCUGUAUGUUACGUGAAUCACCUAAAUACUGUAUUGCAAAUGGUAAUCUACAAUCAUCUGAAACAUCUCAUUCUUCAUUGUAUGAAAAUGAAUUACCUUUCAAACAAGAGGAAAAUGGUACUGUGAAUAGUCUAAACGAUCCUCAGAAUUCAUCAGAUUGUUAUACAAAAUCGUGGACUUCACCUUUAUCUUAUGUCAUGAAUAAUCAAAGAUCUCGACUACGUAUGGCUUUUCUUCUGGUGACAUUUCAACAGCUGACUGGGAUAACUGUUAUUAUAUAUUUCGCUGAAUCUGUUUGCCUCUUCGGUGGAUUAUUAUCAUAUAUGUGUGCUUUUUAUACUGGAUUAUAUCUGUUUGUUUCCAGUAUUAUCUCUGUAUUGGUAAUCAAGAGAGUCUGUUGGAGGAAAUUACUACAAAUAGGCGCUUUAAUAAUGGCUUUAUCACAUUUUUCUUUUUCACUGACAUUAUUGUAUACUGAUGGAUCAAUGUUUGUAUUGAAUCAAGUUUAUCUAGCUAUUUGUGCUAUCACUUUCUCAUGUAGUUGGGGUCCAUUACCAUUUCUAAUCAUCUUAGAAUUAUUUCCAAAUAUCAAUAGAAAUUAUGCUGUUACUUCAUCAUUGGCUGUUUCUUGGAUAAUUGGUUUUUUUGUAACAAUUUCAUUUGAACCAUUUAUAUCAUGGAUAAGUGUAUCAGUUCUUUUCUUUAUAUACUCAUCAUUUUGUUUAUUAGCUUGUUUAUAUGUUCAUCGUUAUGUUCCAGAUAUGAAGUCGAUUAAUUUAAUCUAGUUCAUCAUGUUUAAACUAGUUAAAUAUUGUGAAGUGUUGACCAUUUCAACAUUCUGUUGAUUUCCUUCUUUUAUUUCACAUUCCUAAUGGCAUUCAUAUUACUAAUAUCAUUAUUAUUAUUAUGACAGUAGCAUUAGAAUUUUUCGGAUCAGCAUAUUAUUGCUCAGAGUUGAGUUUCUCUUCAGUGUUCAUUGUAUGAUAUACAUAAUAAUGAAUUUCUCCUAUGUUUCUAUAUCCUAAUAUCGAAUACAGUCUCUAUAAUGUUUAUUUAGGAAUAAGUAUUGAUGUUGUUGAGGUGCAAGAUGAAGAUAAGAGAAUGCAGUCAAAAGAAACAUAAAGUAUGAGAAGGAAGAAAAGAGGAAUGAUAAAAUGGUGAGAUUCGGUAUGGUGUCGUUAAGAUG